AUGGAGCGGCUUGUCGACAAUGGCGUUGGCGUUCUCGAGGUAUCAGUGAAGCACAGCGGCUCGCUCUUUCUGUGGGCGGGGGCGAGGAGAGGCGCGUAUGCUAAGAACUCCUACGGCAACGAGUACUCAGCAGUGGGCGUGUGGGUGCUGGGAGAGACUCUGCGCAACGCGUGGGGGGAGGGCGUGGUGCGGCAGAAGCAGAGGGAGCUGAGCGACUACCUGGAGCACCAUCGCAUGGCUGUAGGCAUGGAGCUGGUCACAUCAGUGCUGGGGGAUCACGGGCAGAGACCGCUGCAGGAUUAUGUGGUGGUGACAGCAGUCACGGACAUGUCAAGCCACCCUCCGCGCUUCCUCUCCACACCCGAGGUGCUGCGCUUCUGUCACACCUGGCGCCUGCCCUUCAACUCCUACUGGCUCUUCCACUCCACGCGGUCGUGCUCACAGCUGUUUGCAGCAUACUCAGCGCUGAGUGAGGAGGGCACGGCGCACUCAGUAGAGGAGACGCUCACUGGAAUCGCAGACGUCACCAUUGCAGGCACUGCGUCGCAUGGGAAGCUUCAAGGAAACAUCAUGGAGGGGCUGGUGGCGAGGCUGGUGAGCCCCAGGAGCCUGCAGCAAGUGAGGGAGCUCAAGGCAGAGAUGCUGGCCGGCCCGGCGCCCAGCUACUCCGUGGGAGCAGGCACGAGGCUGAGAGAGCUCUUCUCUCAACACGACUCCAUGCGCGAGCGCAUCGCCCAUCUGGUGGAGGAGGCAGGAGACGCCAUGUGCAGUGAAGGGCAGUGGGGGGAGGGUGUGGCGGGGGGGUAUGGGAGUGGAGGCGAGGACGAGGAGGGGGGCACCGUGGUCGACGGGGAGGAGAGUGAGAGUGCGGGGAAGGCGAAGCAGAGGCGGAGGGAGCAGCAGGAGGAGGAGCGGCAUGUGUCUGACUGGAUGAACUCGCUGCUCAGCUGCAGUGCUGCAGAUGCAGAGACGAGCAAGCUGCAGGCCAUGCUGCGAGCGGUGAAAGCCGAGAAGCUCAAAGUGAGGUUCAAGUCACACCCCUGGCCCCUCCCCACCUCGCCCUCUCUCCUCGCCCCUGCCCCCUCCCCUGCCCCCUCCCCUUCCAUCUCCUCCACCUCCACCACCACCUCAUCCUCCUCUUCUGCUCCCUCCUCCUCCUCUUCCUCACACCAGCCGACCUCAGCGCCCCUCUCUCACCAUCUAAUUACUGUUCACGCCUUCCAAGACGCAGCCUUCCGCAGAUACCAGCAACUGAUGCGCAAGGACCCUAGUCUGUGGCCGCUCUACCGGGGGUUCUUCCUGGAAGCUGCGGUCGUGGAGGUGGACAAGGGCACGGGGAAGCAGUUGGUAGCUGCAACGGCUGAUGCCGCCGCUGCUGCUGGUAAUGAUGAUGAUGAUGAUGAUGAUGAAGUGCGAAGCGGGCGGAAGGAGAAUGCCAAGGAUCUGAGACAGGAGGAGAGUGUGGAGAGUAAGGGCAGGGAGGAGGAGGAGGAGGGGGAGGAGGAGGGCGGGGAUAGGAAGCAGGUGCCGCAUGUGAUGCUGAAGAUGAAGUUCCUACCGUACAAGCUACGGACGUUUCUAAUACGCAACGGACUCGGCACGCUGCUGAAGAAGGGGCGCCAUGAGUACAUGGCGUAUGCUACCAGUGAGAGUACGCUGCUGAAGAAGGGGCGCCAUGAAUACAUGGCGUAUGCUACCAGCUUGCACAGCAACCUGCCCCCUCCUCACUCUCCAGCUGGACACCUGCUUUCCUCUUCCCCCCAUCCCCCCUAUCCUCACUGGCGCUGUGUGUGUGGGAGCAGGCUGCUCAAGGUGUGGGGCACGUCCCCUGCUGCCACUCACGAGAUGACUGCGCUCUGCCGAGCAUGGUGCGUGCACGAUGCAGUGCGGUGCAAUCGAGUGCGAUGCAGUGCGCAGAGCAUGAUGCAGAUAAGCUGUCCGCUGCCAUAUACCUCCUCCUUCCUCACAUCCCGCCUCCAUUCCGCUCUCCCCCCCCCUGUCCCUCCCAGGGCGGACUAUGUGCUAGGCCCACCCUCGUCCCCCCGCCCGCCCAAGUCCGUCUCAUCCAACUCCUACCUCGACUAUGCCGAACCCUUUCUUGCUGCCUACGCCAAGAGGGGCGCAGCACAGGCAAAGGCAGUGGGGGCCGCAUGGGAGGGGGAAGCAGGGGAGGGGAGCGAGGGGAAGAGAGGGGAGGGGAGUGAGGGGACGCGGGGGGAGGAGAGUGAGGGGGCGGCAGGGGGAGGGGAGGGGAGGGGGGAGCAGGGCAAGGGACUGCUGGUGUUUUUCCCGGGGAUCCCUGGGUGUGCCAAAUCCGCUCUCUCAGAAGCCCUUAUGCAGAUGGGUAGAGGCAGCGGGGGCGGUGGAGGCAGUGAUUCAGCUGAGCAGGCACGGACUGGCAGGGAGGGCGAGUCGUCUGCGCAGGGAGCGAGAGACGGGGGGGAUGCUUCAGCGGACCCUGUUGCAGGAGCAGAGGCAGGGGCGGUAGAGGAGGAGGAUGGGUGGCAGGAGGUGACGAGAGGGAAGGGCAAAGGGAAGAAAGGUGGGAGAGGUGGCGGGGAGAAAGGACCGGGGGCAGGAGGGGGAGGUGGAGGAGAAAGGGGAGGAAGGAGAGGGGAGAGAGCGACAGGGGGUGAGGGAGGAAGCAAGGAGGGAGGGGAGGGAAGAAGAGAGGUGGAGGAGGGUGGAGGGCCGUUGGGGGAUGGGAGGGAAUGCUUGCACAUUAUGGGCGACAAGACAAUCGGAAAGUACUGGAAGGUGUUGGGGGCGCGCAUGAGGAAGGAGAGGGGGGCGAGUGUGAACGUGCUGGCGGAUAAGAACGCCCCUAACGAGGAAGUGUGGAACCAGAUAGAAGCCAUGUGCCACGACACAGGGCUGAUAGGCGUGCCUGUUGUGCCUGCCUCGCUAGGCACACUGCACAAUGCCUUCGACUGGCGAGUGCUGGCGGUGUUUCUUUUCCGCGUGAUUCAACGCACCAAUCAUCCCGGCGAUCUGGAUUCAAGCUCGCCAGCACCGGGCCAAGUGGUGCUCAACUUCCAUUCGCUCUACGGCAGACAUAACCGGGAGGAUUUUGAGGCGGAACUGAAGCAGCGCUUUGGCGUGCUCGUGACCAUGCCUGUAGUCAAGCCUGACUCCCCGCCACUACCAGAAGAGAUAGCUGGCGUCAUCAAGACGGGGCAUAAGCUGCGGGAAAAGAUAUGGAAAAGACACAAAGGCAAGGAGCCUCUGAAAACGCCAAUGGCAGAGGAGGUGUUAGAGUGGGAGGGGGAGUUGAGAGCGGUGCUGCACAAGCAUGCCCCCUACCUCACUUCCAUCCAACUGCCUCUGGACCAAGUGGUCGCUACAGUCCAAAACCAGCUACACCAGAUCGCUACAGGACAAAUUCGGCCACUGGUCACCGCCAAGACGAGCUUCCGCAGCAUCCAACUGGCAGCGGUGGUGAUUGAUCCAGUUGCUGAUGUGGCGCCAGGUGGCGCUGACAUGGCGACGAGCGGGCGGCAGUUAUUGCAGACGUUGGAAGAGCUGGCACGAUCUGAUUCUCGCAUGGCAGAUUUCUGGAAAACAGCGGAAGGCCCUUUGAGAAAGAAAUUGGAAGUGGGUGGCGGUGGUGGUGCUGCUGGUGGUGAUGGUGGCAGCAGCAGAGGGUUGGGGUGGCUGCAUGUGACGCUGGCACACAAGAAGGAGCAGGGCGUGCCGGCAGUGGUGGGGUAUGCUCCCAUGGAGGGGCGUGCAGUGACGGUGCUGGCAACGGCGCUGCUGUUUGAUCAACACGUGGCUGCUCUCGCCGUGGAGCUAAGGGGAGGGAAGGAUGGGGAGGCGGUUCGCUCGCUCAAUCCGUUUGCGCACGUCACUCUAUGGCAAGCGGAGGGGGCCAAGGCCGUGCAAUCGUUGGACCUACCCAAUGCGGUGGAGCGUGGGGAGGCCACGCGUGUGCCCUUCCCUCGGCCGAUAGAGCUUAUAGGAACUACCUCUGCUGCUGCGCGCUUCCCGCCACGUUGUGCUGAGCCUUUCCUUGCGCUGAGCUUCCGCCUGUUCCGAGCUUCCGCCUUGCGCGUCCGCGUGCUCCGCGCGCCCGCGGGCAUGCAGGGGAAUGAGGGCGCGGAGGGACCUUCUGGCGGAGGCGGGGGAGCGGGGCGGGCGAAGGGGAAAGCGGCGGCGGAGGAGUUGGGCGGAUCGAAGAAAAAGGCGGGAAUCUUCCUGAGAGAACGUGAGUGGGGCGGGGUAGAUGGGAGAGAGAGGGCUGUUGAGAGAAAGCGGAAGGGGGAUUGA